AUGAGUUUUUUGCCCCAUCAAUCGACCCCGCAAAAUGCUGCUUUCACAUGUAAUACAUGCGGCGUUCGCUUUGUCGUGGCUGACUUGCAAAGACAACAUAUGAAGACAGACUGGCAUCGCUACAAUCUAAAACGAAGAGUGGCCCUGUUGCCGUCGAUUGCGCUGGACGUUUUUGCGGAAAAGGUAUUGGCGCAACAAAAACAGGCACAGGAGGACGAUAGCAACGACGAGUUUGGGUUUCCGGAGCGCCGCCGUGUAUCACGGGGUGUCCGCCAGCUCACAAAGAAGGACUUGAAGAUGAUGGCUCGAUACGAGGCUGUUCGAGGCCGGGCCAGUGGCCUGGGCUCUGGAGAAACUCGAGAAAGCAGUCCUGCUGUUUCUGUUGCAUCAGAGCUUUCAGCGUUUUCUUUGGGAGAUUCGGAGCACCUUUCGGAAGCAGAAUCAUUUGAAACUGGUUCAGAACUCAACUACUCAGACGUCAGCGAGGAUAGCUGGGCAGGCAGCGAAUCUGAAGGAGACAGUGACGUGGAAAGCAUUGAAAGCGGCGAUUUGGGUAUCGUGUCUUUGCCGAAUUGGAUGUGUUUUUACUGUGGAAAGAACAAUUCCGAGGUGGAAAAUAACAUAAGGCACAUGUCGCAUGUGCACGGCCUCUAUAUCCCAGAAAGAACAUACUUGGUUGAUUUGGACGGCCUACUCACAUUUUUGAAUGAAGUUAUUACUUUGGACCAUGACUGCUUGGUUUGCGGCUUCCAUGGGAAAAGCUUGGAAAGCAUCAGGCUGCAUGUCGCAUCCAAGGGCCAUUGCAAGUUGCCGUAUGAGUCAGCCGAAGAAAAGCUGGUCUUUGCUGAAUUUUACGACUUUACCGAAGAUGAGCCAGCAAAGAAGAGCAGUCUGGCCAAGAAGGUCUCUUUUGCGGCUACUGAUGAUGAAUUGACUCUUCCAUCUGGCUCAAAGGUGUGCCAUCGCUCUCUAGUCAGAGCCAGCAAACCCAAUGUGGUUGCACGUGAAGCUCCAGACUCUUGCAAAACUGUAGCAUUAGUUGACCGCCGCUUUUCGCCGGGCCUCAAUAAUUAUCUUGUGGCUCGACAGGAGCGCGAGACUCAGCGACUCGUUACAAGAGCAGGAAACAGAUACGAACGCAAGAUGAAAUUGAAGAAGGCAAACUACCAGCCACACUUCCGUGACGAGAUUCUUGGAACAUAA